UCGGACAUUAGUCAAGUGAGAAUCGUCGCGUUGUACGCACACCGCACCGCAUACUUGGAUGGACGCUGCUGCUAGCCAGUUGUUCUAGACGCGCGAGGCGUAACUUUUUAUUAUUAUCAAUUGAGGGCGCGAAGGAAGUUGAAAAACCCCCGCCAGAGACUUGUUUAUCUCUGGACUAACCUAGACUGGCGGAUGUAUUAUUGUUUACCGGUUAGAGUUAAUUCAUUCAUCAAACAGUGAACAAGUAGUGAGUGUGGUUUAUUGUUGUAUUUAAAACACAUCAUUCGCAAUACCGAGCAGUGUGGCGCCCUUUUGAAGGAAGCAUAUAUUUAAAUACCUAAAUUUUGUUACACUUUGCUGGCGGUGAUUUCGGUCGUUUUUCCUGCAUUUUAUUCGAAACGAGCGCGCGCUAGUGAGUGUUUGUAACGCGAAAGGAAGUUUAUUUUUAGCUGCGCAAAGUGAGUGAGUUGUGUGCAAGUCUGCAGCAGCAGCAGCACCAGCCGUCUGGAAAUUCGGGAAAUCGCCCACUGAGCGCACGAAAGUCGUGUGGAAAAAGGGCGCGCGCGCUGGCGAAUUGAGCUUGCUGUGCGCAAUCUCUCUAGUGUUGCGGAAAAUUGUUGAAAAUUAAGUCAGAUCUAGGUGACCGCGCGCUUUGGAAGAGCAUACACUAUCAGCGAGUUAUCGGCAAACAUACCAAGCCUGCUGUGGUAUUUGCCAAGUGAUAACAGAAGUGAAAUAUUUGUGGGUUUUUUCUUCUUCGAAUUUAUCACAGAGAUUGUGGUCGUUUCGAAAGUGUUGGUGUGAAUUGAUCGUUUCGGCAUUUUGAGUAUUCGGCGCAGUUGUGAUAUAUAGAUAAAACAUCUUCCCCGUCCUCCGGUUUCCUCCGUUGGCCAUGGAGUCUCCGGUUCCAGCGAGGAGCAUGCCUCCGCCACCCCCACCAAAGCCCCACAAAUCGCCGAUUCUGAACGGUGGAGGGGCUGACAAGGGACACAUCUACACUAACAUCAACAACAACAACGGACCGAUUCUUCCGCAAAACGGUAAAAGCAGUCUCACAGCGCCAUUCAGUGCCAGUAAUCCGUCGGUCCCGCCCGAGGACGAACAGGUCGUGAUGACACCGCGAGGAAAGACGGCCAACUCAACCGUGCUGCUUAUCGAGCGUAAGCUGGUGCAGCAGGUCGGGGACCGGACACACGUGGCCGGUGGUGACCAUCGGGGGAUCAUUAUCAACAAGGACACGUCCACAGAUCCCAAGCAAGAACGUCCCCCGGCCCAACUCAGCUUAGAGUUCCGUGUAUUUCUAGUCAGCGCCAAUACCGGCCAGCACUCGCAAGAGUCGCGCAAGCUGCGCUUCUGGUUCCGCGAGUGGAUCCAGGAGGGUGACGUCCAAGCCCACGUGGCGCAGGAUUUCUUCCGCGAGUUGGUCAGCCCGAAGGAGUUCCCUCGAGAUUAUGUUGGAUUCAUCAAGAAAAUCAUGAAACAGCUCCAGAAGGGCUACAACGAGAUCCAAGCCGUUGAGGUGGAAUUACGAAUACUGGAGCAAACUUCCGCGCCACCUUCCAGACCACCACGCCCCGGUUAUGUGAUAUUCUGCUAUGGAAAUUGUAAUAAAACGCUCCACUCUCCUAGUCGUUCUUGUUCGAAAGUGCUUGUAAGUUCCGGAGAGGAUGACGGUGGUGGUGGUGAUGGCCAUAGCAUACAUCCGUCUCCGGUUCACCCACCGCCCGCGACGGAACCUGAAAGUAUUCCCCCAACCGUUUCUUUCGAGGACUCCCAGUUCGAGGUCGUUCCGCUUACCCCUGAGAAGAUCCUGGAGCUGAUCGAACAGGCCUACCCCAAUCCAAUCACACCGGAGGACUUAUCCAAAGAUAAUGGUUGGGAGGAAGAAGAGGUGCUGCAAAUCAUGCUGCUACUUAAAGAACGUGGCCUCAUUAAAUCUAUGGAGUACAACUCGUUUACGCGUAUUCACCACGAUGAUAAGGAAAUCAAGAUCGUCAAGCAGAUGCCCACGAUUGCGUCCAAUAAGCAGCCAACGAUUGCCAUCAUUACCGCCCAGUACUGCGAAAAGCUGGCCGUCGAUGCAAUGCUCGAGAAUAAGGAAACCUUUGUCCGGUACACCACAGUCGGAACUUCACCAGAGACGCCAAUAAACGGGCUGCAGAGAAAUAGAAGAAGUAGAAGACGUUUUGGUGAAUCCAACGUGUACACCUUGGGUAACAUCGGUGCCCACCGGAUCGUUAGCACGAAGCUUCCGUCGAUUGGUAGUACACGCGAAGCCAUGACAGCGGCCGGAAAUACCACAACCCGCCUGCUGGGAACGUUCCAGAAGGUCGAUUACGUGUUCAUUGUUGGCCUUGCCGGCGGAAUUCCGCAUUACACCGAUUACAAAAAGCACGUGCGUCUGGGUGAUGUGGUGAUCGCAUCGAUAUCGGAGACUCAGAAAACUUCUCUGGAAGCUUUGGGUCAGCAAAAGGGUGGAAUCAAGCCGUACUGUUACGUUUACAGUAACCAGGGUGAGGUGAAAACUUACUACCCUCUCGAUGAUGGCUUGCAGGCGAUCGGUAAGACACUACAGCUGAACGACGAUGGCAAGAAGCCUUGGGAGGUGUACAUCAAGGAAGGAUUGAUCAACCUGAGCAACAAGAGCGACACCGAUUUCAGUCGUCCGGCACCGAACACAGACAAAUUGUACAUGAACAUCGGUAACAAGGAUGUGAUUGAGGUUGCCCACCCGAUAUCGCAGGACGAAGUGGAUGCAAUUCCGCAAACUCGACUCCACGUUGGUCCGAUUGGUUCGGGCUACGAUCUCAUCAAGUCCGACAGCUUGAGAACGGAAUACUCCCAGGAAUACGGUCUGGUGGCCACCGAUGUGGAAAUGAACUCGGUUCUCGAUAGUAUUGUCGGUAAUUGUCGAGACAGUUUCAUCCUGGUGAAGGGUGUAUCAGAUUACAAGGACGGAACGACAUCGAAGAAAUGGCAAAACUAUGCAUCUCUUGCCGCGGCCGCAGUUAUGAAAACAAUCAUUUGUGCAAUGGACGCACCGACUAAUGUUUAAUCUGCAUUUCGAUACGUAUGAAUAUCAACAUAAAAACACACCAGUCUGUUUCAAGUAUAGAAGUAAGCUAUAGCCAGCAACCGAUCUAGUUUCGUGACAAGAAGGUACCAAAAUAAUUAUUUUUAUUUUAUGUCGUAAGUGUUUUAUAUAUUUUUAAAACAUAAUUUAUUACCUAUCGCCGACAUUCUAGUGAUCAGCAGAAGAAGACUACGUGAGAUGAUUUAUUUGAAAUAAAUGAAUUUUAUUUAUUGGACGUAAUUAU